UAAGUAGCGGGGAAGAGUGUGUGGCUGUUGUGCACCUUUUGAUUCAGAGAAAAGAAAAUAAUGUCAGGACCUCAGUGCUGCUCACACCCACCAGUCCUCAACCCAUCCAGUGGCUCCGGCCAUGUUGAGAAGUUUGGUGGUCUCGACUCAUAUGUCACAGGCUCCCCUCACUCCAAGCUUGCCAUUCUUUUCCUCUCUGACAUUUUUGGAUUUCAAGCUCCAAAAUUAAGGAAGUUUGCAGACAAAGUUGCAGCUGCUGGGUACUUCGUUGUGGUCCCUGACUUCUUCUAUGGAGAUCCUUUUGUACUCGCAGAUGAUGGCUCCUUUGACCGUCUACCUGUUUGGUUAAAAGAUCAUAGUCCGGAGAAGGGAUUUGAAGAUGCAAAGCUAGUAAUUGAAGCUUUAAAAAGUAAAGGCGUCUCUGCAAUUGGUGCUGCAGGCUUCUGCUGGGGAGCCAAGGUUGCGGUUGAACUUGGAAAGCAUGACCACGACUUCAUCCAUGCUGGUGUUCUGUUACAUCCUGCAUUUACCACUGUGGAUGAUAUCAAAGAGGUUAAGGUUCCCAUUGCCAUACUUGGAGCUGAGUUUGACCACAUUACUCCACCUGAAGUCUUGAAGCAGUGGGAAGAGGUUUUAAUUGCAAAAACUGAGAUAAAAAGCUACGUGAAAAUAUUUCCAGAAGUGGAACAUGGAUGGACGACGAGGUACAAUGUGGAAGACGAAAAAUCUGUUAAGUCUGCUGAGGAGGCUCAUCAAGACUUGUUGGAGUGGUUCUCAAACCAUGUCAAGUGAAUCACUCAAGUGUAUUUGUCUCUCAAGAUGAGAACCGUUUGGAGUUUUAUUAUCAUCAACUGCUAAUUUGGAUCAAUAAUGGUUAAAUAAUGCCUGCAUAUGCAUGCAUUUUUAUGUAUACCAAUAUGUGUGUGUAAAUAUCAGCUGCUUGGAAUAUUAAAGGCUGAAAUGCGUCAUUGAAUUGAAUAAAGUUAGGGUUCUAUAGCCAGCUUUUGGAUCAUAGAACUGAUACUGAAUGAUAUUUUUCUUUACCAAACUGCAUCACACACUGUACUUAAUGGCUGAAAUGUAUUCGGCUUCUGCUGA